AUGGCAACUUCUCCACAAGCCCCUCAUUACGACGUCGCAGCGGAUCUGCCCACCUAUGAGGAUAUUGCCGAUAUGUUUGAAAUUGUCGAUUCCACUGAAUGCUUCUUCACACUGCUCAAAGAGAGCUUCUUCGCCGCCCCCGUCACCAGGGUUAACUGUGAUGGUGUAUUCUUUACUGCUAUGUCGCUCUCUGCGGAGAAGCGGGCAGCGCUGCCGAGCCCACUGCGCACGUUCUUCUCCGGUGAGAAUAUCAUGGAUGGUGGCCAUCAUCAGGCUGCUUAA